AGAUUGAGACACAAAACGUAUAUAACGCGCAAGAUAAAGUAAUUUGAAAGUGCAAGUACGAUAAUGCAAUGAGGCGAUGAGUGUUAAUUAACUAGACAAAUUUAAAUAUCAAUUGAUCAGAUGUUAACGCCAGCAAGUGCGGUUUAUAGCGCCAACUCAUCAAUGAGAAAUUAACUCUUCGAUUCAUGUCGAGUCACGCAUGUGCUGCAUCGUCACAACGAUACCGAUCUCGUACUUUGUUCUCAAGAUAAAGCUUUAACCACAGUCAAUAAUUGAUUAAGAAUCGGCUGAAGUCUCAACAGUAAUAAGCAUCUCGUUCUCUUUGUACGGUGUCGGUGCGUCUGUUUAUGACGAUAGUCAAAUAUUUGAUCGUCUAUAACGAAUUUAAAACAAUCUUAUACGAAUAGUGAAUUGUGAACCAUAAGUUACGACUCAAGUGUACAAAUUAUUCGAGAUGGUGCUUGCGGAAUUAAUUGCGGCUUUUAUCGUUAUCUUGAGUAGUGUGUACAUUUAUUAUAAAUAUGUAAUAUUUAAUUUCUGGCGCAAGAGAGGUGUUUUUUAUAUCGAGCCCGUAGUACCAGUUGGAAAUGUAACACCUCUCGUAACUGGGAAAGCGCAAGUAGGAGUAUUCUUCCAUGAUGUCUAUCUGAAAUAUAAAGAACAUCGUGCUUUUGGAAUGUACACAUUUUUUAAACCAAAUUUGAUAAUAGCCGAUCUCGAUCUUAUACAAACGGUGAUGACAAAGCAAUUCAAAUCUUUUCAUGAUCGUGGGAUAUUCUGUAACGAAAAAAUUGAUCCAUUAACCGGCAAUUUAUUUCUUAUGCCUGGAAAAAGAUGGCGAAAUAUGCGCGUUAAGUUAACACCCACAUUUACUUCAGGAAAAAUGAAGCAAAUGUUUGUUAUAUUGAAAGAGUGUGGUGAUGAACUUGCAAAGCAUCUAGAGCGUAAUGCUGAAAUAGGAGAUACCAUCGAAAUUAAAGAUAUAUUAGCAAGAUAUACAACAGAUGUAAUUAUGUCAACGGCUUUUGGUAUCAAAUCAAACUGCAUUAAGGAACCAAAUAAUGAGUAUCGUGUCCAAGGAAAAAGAAUUAUCAAUAUAAAUUCUAUAAAGAUUGCCUUGGCUAUGUUUGCGCCACAAAUCAUGGACUUCUUUUCUAUUCCCUUCUUCCCAAAAUCUAUCACUGACUUUUAUAUAAAAAUGUUUCGAGAGAUUGUGGAAUAUAGGCAAGCUAAACAUAUCGUCAAAACUGACUUUAUGAACUUGCUCAUACAACUCAUGGAGAGAGGCUACGUUGAUCCUGAAGAUGACAAAAAUACGUCCAACGAAUCAUCAACUGUAAAUAAACUUACCAUGGUAGAAGCUACUGCGCAAAGUUUUGUCUUCUUCGCAGCUGGUUUCGAAACUUCCUCAUCCGCGGCAACAUUCGUUUUAUACGAAUUAGCACAACAUCAAGAUGUACAAGAGAAAGUUCACAAUGAAAUCGAUGAAAUAUUGAAAAAGCAUGAUAAUCUAACCUACGAUGCUAUAACCGACAUGACAUACCUUCACAAAGUAAUAAAUGAAGCUUUAAGAUUAUAUCCACCUCUCCCAAUUUUGAAUCGAAUCUGCACUCAGGAAAUAGACUUGCCGACUGUAAACAUUCGAGUUCCAAAAGGAACGUUAAUAACAAUACCGAUGCUUGGGCUGCAUCGAGAUCCGUCAAUAUAUCCGGACCCGAAUAAAUUUGAUCCUGAGCGCUUCAACGCAGACAAAGUGAAAGAGAGGCAUCCUUACGCUUUUAUACCAUUUGGAGAAGGUCCACGAAAUUGCAUUGCAUCCGUAAAUAAACUUACCAUGAUAGAAGCUACUGCGCAAGGUUUUGUCUUCUUCGCAGCUGGUUUCGAAACUUCCUCAUCCGCGGCAACAUUCGUUUUAUACGAAUUAGCACAACAUCAAGAUAUACAAGAGAAAGUUCACAAUGAAAUCGAUGAAAUAUUGAAAAAGCAUGAUAAUCUAACCUACGAUGCUAUAACCGACAUGACAUACCUUCACAAAGUAAUAAAUGAAGCUUUAAGAUUACAUCCACCUCUCCCUAUUUUAAAUCGAAUCUGCACUGAGGAAAUAGACUUGCCGACUGUAAACAUUCGGGUGCCAAAAGGAACGUUAAUAGCAAUACCGAUGCUUGGGCUGCAUCGAGAUCCGUCAAUAUAUCCAGACCCAAAUAAAUUUGAUCCUGAGCGCUUCAACGCAGACAAAGUGAAAGAAAGGCAUCCUUACGCUUUUAUACCAUUUGGAGAAGGUCCACGAAAUUGCAUUGGUAUGAGAUUUGGCUAUUUACAAACAAAAAUUGGGCUCGUGAGUCUUCUGUCAAAAUAUAAAUUUAAACUUCAUUCUCGGACCCCAGUCCCGCUUACUUACAGUGAAAGAUCUCCGACUCUCACACCAAAAAGUGGUGUGCAUCUUAUUAUCGAGAAACGAUAAAAUUAUUUUCUUCUUGAUAAAAAAUUACCUCUUUUAAUUUAUAUAAUACGAAGAAUGUAAACAUGCACAUGUCAAAAGUCAAGAUCGGACAAUAAAUUGAAUCUAUUUAAUAUAUUCUACUAUUUUGCGUUACUAACCUUUCUUAUUACUAUUUUUUACUAAUACGGUUCAGUUCUUGUUAAUACUGCAUAAUGUAUUAUAACUAAAAUUAUUAAUAAUUAUAUAUAUAUUAAACAAAAUAUGUAUUCUUCUUCCAUUAAAGAAUGUAUUCUUU